CAAAUGCUGGCCGUCUGCUUGUAUGGCGUCGACGCAGAAGCUACGUUGCCAACGAAUGUCAAAAAUCUAAUAAGAAACAAACAAUCAGACACACACACGCACUUCGCUGCUACGGCUGUAGGGAUUGGCGUCGCUGUUGGUAUGGCUCUCUGCCUCGUUGUAUUGGGUGCUGCCAGCCAGCCAUCCAAUCAGUUUGGUUUGAUUUUAGAACGUUACGAACUGUCGUCUGGAGUAGUGGCCGUUAAUUCGCGUGUGUUAGCGGUGUGUUGUGAAUUUCGGUUGCGGAAACGCGUUGUAAAUGUUGUUUUCGGAAUCAUAGCAACAUUGUUUUGAAAAUCAUAUAUUUUUGAUUAAAAAAUUAACAUUUUUAAGAAAUUCGUUUACGUUACUAAAUCACGAAUAUUUUCUGUUGUGAAUAUGCAUGCCCUCUCUUGGUUGGUGUUGCUAAUGGUGACGAUGGUGGUUUGAGGAAACCCUGUCUGGAGUUGAAAGAAGAAAGAAAAAAAGAAAAGUUGUUAUUGUUUGGCCGUCGUUGUUGGGGACUUGCGGCUCCCCCGUUUUCAAGUUAUAAACAAAACGAAACGGACACGAAUAGAAAAUCAAAAUAAGUCCAUCCAUCUAACGGUUACCCCCCAAAGUAAACGUCGGCUAUCGGGCAGAGAGAUCGCGCCAAGCGGAAGGGAACAAUACGAAGCGCUCGCGUGUGUCUGUGUGCUGCAGGAAAAUACACUCAACAUUGCGGUUGCAUCGGUAGUUGACGUUUCGUGUGUCGUAUGCCAGUUGUGCUGCUGCUCCUCUUCCAAGUAGUUGCGGGCAUAGCACUCUUCAUAUUUCUGCUGCAUUAUUUGUGUUAUAUUUUAAAUGCCAUUAUACGCGACUUCUGCGAGACCCUAAUAACGACGCGUGAAUUUUUGCAACACUACCCCCCAAGCAACGCCUCUUCAUCGUUGUCAACCACCCCCUCGGCCACCGUCACCAUCAACACCCCUGAAACGUCUUCGUUGCCAUCGUCAUCGUUGUCGGGCAACUUCAACAGUUCGCGCCGCCGUUCAUCGUCGUCAGUUUCGUUGUCGUCGUCGCCCUUGUCAUUUGCCAGUGAAAAUUGUCUGAUUCGCCCAAGGAAUUCAUCAGCAACGAAAAUUCCACAAAAAAUCCAAACGAAAAUCAUGCAAAAUUCUGAUGAUGCAAAGUUUAUUAAAAAACGUUGGAAAGGUGGCAGCAUUGAACCCCAUCCAACGGACAAAGCUUUGAUUGUCAAUUAUCAGCUGGAGGCCACAGUCUUUGGUGAUCCGAAUAAUCCAAUGCUGGAAGAGAAAAAGCACAAGAGUUCUUAUAUAAUGAAGGAUAAAAAUUCUUUAAGAAUUCCUUCAAGAUCACCAACACCAGUUAAGAAUUGCCAGAAAAUCAUAAGAUUACGCUCGCUCAGUGCUAAAACCGAUCCCGCCGCUUUAGCACGCGAAGUUGUGGAUAAAUGCGAUUUAAUUCAUAAAUCACAAUUGGCCGAUGUAGAGCAGAUAAUAUUUUAUUUAAAACAUCGCAAAGACAAUGCCGGAGGAGGUGUGGAUACUCAUGACACCAACACCAAGGGACCACGUUCGGCAAUAGCAUCACAUCGCAGCACAGUUAGACCACACACCACAAUGAGCACCAGCAUGUCCUCCUCAACACAUUCAAAGUCAUCCGAUUCAUCGGAUGUCUCAAUAAAUCACAUAGACGAAUAUGUUGAGCUGUUGUACGAAGAUUUGAGCGAGCGUAUACGAGGUUCGGCCAUGAUACUGCAGGUGGCAAGGAAUCCAGACAAUUUGGAAGAAUUGGAAAAGAAUGAGGCUUGCCUGAGUGCUUUGUCACGCGUUUUGCGUGAAGAUUGGCGCAAGAGUUUAGAUUUAUCCACAAAUAUUAUUUAUAUAUUCUUUUGCUUCUCUACCUAUACGAAAUUUCAUCCCGUCAUUGUCCAAUAUAAGAUCGGUUCAUUAUGCAUGGAUGUAAUGGAUUAUGAAUUGCGCCGUUACGAAAGCAUGCGUAACGAAUUGGAUAUCCGCAAGAAUCCCGGAGGUUCAGCGCCUUUGUCUGCCAAAGCCAGUAAAGAGAAACUGAAUAACAGCACUGAUGAUUUCCUAGAUCUCAUGAAUGAGGAAAAACCAAAAGAGAUGGAGCCCCCACGCCGCCGUAUACCCGAACUGAAACAACGACCCAAAUCGGGUAAUUGGUCUAGUUUCCACAGCUCCAUGUCUUCGUCGCUAAUAAAAAGUCAAAUAUUAAAUAGCAGCUAUCACGAGGCUCUCUCGGCCGGAGCCCAAACACCCGACUCAGGUAUCUCCACAAAUGGUGACAUGAAGGCCACCAGUAAUGAGGCUCUCGAUCGCAACGAUCCCAAGGCAAAGAAGGAGGAAAUUGAACGUCUGAACAAACAAUUGAAAUUAUUUGCCAAAAAGCAGGAACAACUGCUGAGGGUAGCUUUCUAUUUGCUGUUGAAUAUGGCCGAAAACGUGAAGCUGGAAGAGAAAAUGCGACGCAAAAAUAUUGUUAAGAUGUUGGUCAAGGCCUUGGAUCGACAGAACAUUGAUCUCCUUAUGUUGGUCACGACAUUCCUUAAAAAGUUGUCCAUUGUGGGCGACAACAAAGAUGAUAUGAGCGAACUGAAUAUUGUGUCAAAAUUACCGCGACUCUUCCAAAGUGGUCAUACAGAUCUGGUACAGGUUACGCUGAAACUGGUUUUCAAUCUCUCCUUUGAUGGUCAGCUAAGAAGGAAAAUGAUUGUGGCCGGUUAUCUGCCCAUGUUGGUGAUGUUCAUUAAUGAUGAGAAACAUCAUAGCAUUGCGGUGAAGAUUCUCUAUCACAUGAGUUUGGAUGAUAAGGUCAAGGCCAUGUUCACCCACACCGAAUGUGUCCAGAUGGCCACAGAUGCCAUAAUUCUAAAUCUCAAUUCCAAAGUGGAUCUGGAUUUAAUUGCCUUGUGCAUAAAUCUCUCCCUGAAUCGUCGCAAUGCCCAAAUCAUGGUGGAAGGCAAUCGCCUGCACAGCCUCAUGGAUCGAGCUUUCAAAUACCAGGAUGCAUUACUAAUGAAACUCCUAAGGAAUUUAUCCCAACAUGAAUCGCUGCAGCCAUUGUUCAUUGAUUAUGUUGGCGAUUUGGCCCGGGUGCUGACCAUUUGUGAAGAUGAAGUUUUCCUUGUGGAGUGUUUGGGUAUUUUGGGUAACCUCUCCCUGCCCGAUUUGGAUUACUCGCAAAUCUUGCAAAAUUUCCAAUUAAUACCCUGGAUAAGAAGCAUCUUGGUACCAGGUGCCAAAUUGGAUGAUUUAGUCUUGGACACCAUUGUCUAUUUGGGCACCUGCGCCCAUGAUGAGCUAUGCGCUCUGCUCUUCUGUCGUGCAAAUGUGGUUUUAUCUCUGAUUGAGCUACUCAAGGCCAAACAAGAGGAUGAUGAAAUAGUUCUACAAAUCAUUUUUGUGUUCCAACAAAUUCUACGCCAUGAAAGUACCCGCGAAUACAUGAUCAAGGAAACGGAAUCACCAGCCUAUCUCAUCGAUUUGAUGCAUGAUAAAAAUGCCGAAAUUCGUAAAAUAUGCGAUUAUUGUUUGGACAUCAUUGCCAUCAGCGAUAAUGAGUGGGCCAAGCGCAUCAAGUUGGAGAAAUUCCGUAACCACAAUUCGCAAUGGUUAUGCAUGGUGGAAUCCCAGCAGCAUGAAGACAAUAAUGAGGACUACCAGGAUGAGGAGGAGGAAGAGCAUGAUUUGGACAAUUAUUUGCGUGGUGAAUAUUUAGAUAAUUGCGAUCUCUACAAUAGCAACAAUACCCAAAAGGAAUCCGAAGAUACGGAAAUGGAGAGUAACAACAAUAGCAACAAUCCAGCUAGUCCCGCCAAUUCUAGUUAUAGUCGUCCAGUAAGUAGUUUCAGACGCAGCCAAGAUUUGGAUGACAUUUACAACAUGUCAUUGAGUACCAAAUCGCAGGGUUCCAGUCAAGGCGACUCUACCAGCAAUUAUCUAUUCAAAUCAAAUAAAUCCCUCGAUUCGGAGAGCUUACAUGAAGAGCUUCUACUGGCUUAAGGCAUUUUUAUAUACAGCUGCUAUAAUGAUGACAUUUUCAAUUGAAACGCUUAGUAAUUUCAAAAUCUGUGCUUUCAAUCCGACAAAGAUCUGCAAAAAAAAAAAAAAGAAUAGCGCUUACAAGGAAAAAAUAAUAAUAAUUUGAAAGUAACCAAAAAAACCCUGAUGAAGACGAAAAAAGGCAUUUAAAAGAUAAAAUAGUAAUUUGUUUAUGUGUGUGUAUGUAUGUAUGGAUGUGUAAACAAAACAUAUUUGCAUUUUAAGUAAUUUAAUUUAUUUAGUUGUUCUAUCUACUUUACGAAAUUAGAACAAAGCUUUGUUGCUUUAGCUCUCUCCCUCUCUCUCUAUCUUUCUCUCUUGGUUAUGGAUCAGUAGAGAGGAAACUGUAGCACUGAAGAUAUCUAUGAAAUGUUCAAUUAGGCAGUUUGAUUUAACGUUUAAACCAUAUUUCAAUAAUAUAAUAAUAUUUAUGAGAAAAAUCCAGCAGAUUUUAAAAUUAGAUUUAAAAAGAAGACAUGUGUCUCGGUGUUUUGAAAAAGUAACCAAAAUAGUGAGGAAAAAUCCCCCAACUCUCCAACACUUUUUCAAGUUUUUGGAUUAGGAUUCCUCGGAAUCCGUGCAUUUUAUGUAUAUAGUGUCUUCGGCAAUAUUGCAGAUAAGAAUACAUGGAAUAUUUUGCCCAGACAUUUUAACCCUCAAGCCUUUCAAGAAAGGGCCCUUUUUGGUCCUUUUUUUAAAUAUGAUUAAAAACGUUCUUUAAACGUUAUCGUAGCAAGACAAAAUAUUCUACAAUAUUACUUGUAAUAAAAUUCGACCAUAGGUCCUAGAAGACGUCAAGAGUCUAAAUCUUACCUAAACGCCAGGAAUUCAAAUAUAUUUAAAAAUACAUUUUAGGGUUAAAGGAGUACUCUUUGUGAUUUUAUGCAAAAAUCUCCCAUGAACCCUCAUUUUAGGAGGAUGAUGUAAAAGACAAAAAUAUUCUUCAUCAAAUUUUACUAUAAGUCUCAAAAAAAAAUCUCCAUUUCCACCUUAAGUCUAAAACUGUUUGCAUUAAUGUUCCCAAAGAAACUGAAAAUAUUCCUUAAUUUUUUGGAACCAUUUUUCCUGGACUUUUUUCGAAUUGCUCCUGAAAAUAACAUAAAAUUCCGUUUUAGGCGGAAAGUGUUAAAAGAAGAAAUGUUCUACACAAAAUUUCACUACAAAUCUCAGAAUAAACCAUAUGUCUAGGUACAAUGGUUUCUAUUAAAAUUGCAUUCAAAAUGUAUGUACUAAAAGUGAAAAUAACUUCGUUUUUUUUGUGUACUGUUAAUUAAAAAUGUAUCCACCCUGAGGCCAAAUUUUCCCCUAAUACUACAUUUUUUGAGGAAAGUUCCAAAGUAAAAAUUAUUCUAGAUCAAAUUUCAUUAUGAGUCUCUGAACAAAAGAAAUCUCUAUUUCCACUUAAUGUCAAAAAAAAAAAUAGUUCCCAAAAACCCGAAAAUAUUCCUUAAUUUUUUGGAACAAAUGAUCCCUGGGCUAUUUUCGAAUUGACUCUUGAAAAUAACACAAAAUUUCGUUUUAGGCGGAAGGUGUUAAAAGAAAAAAUGUGCUACACAAAAUUUCACUAUACUACUGUAUAAAAGUUUAUAUGAAAAUUGCAUUCAAAUUGUAUGAAAAACGUGAAAAUCAUGUCUUUGCUUUUUUGUACUGUUAAUUUAACACGUAUCCAAGUGGAGGUCAAAUGUUCCCUUUAUACUUCGUUUUUUGGGGAAGGUAUCAAAGUAAGAAUGAUUCUAGAUCAAAUUUCAUUAUGAGUCUCUGAAUGAAACAAAUUUGUUUAUUUAAUAUAAACCAUACAAAAUAGCAAAAAAAUGUUGUUUAUUUCUAAUAAAAUUUUCUUAUAAUGUCACUGCACAAUUUGUGGAAAAUUCCAGGUGGAAUCAAUAGUAUUCGUUUAUAGAUCAAAACCUCAAAGGAGUCCUGGCUUGUUUGGCAAAAUGUUGCUUAGGUACCUUAUAUAGUUUUGACCUCAUAAAAAUAGACCUCUAUGGUUUGAGAUAUUUCUCUUAACAUUUAGGACUAAGCGUUGGCAAGGAAAAUGGGCCAUAUCGGUCCACUUUUUGGAAUAGUCCUCUCGUAAGGAUAAUUCCGAUUUCAAAUAUAUUUUACAAUUAGGCCAUGUUUUCCUUUUAACGUUGCUAUUGUUACAAAAAAACUUAUGAUGAUGACCCCCGAUUUUAGUUAUUGAAAGUAUCUGGGUUACAUUUUCCCAUCGUUUAGAAUAUUUUGACUUUUUUACCAUAUUUAAAAAAGGACUAAAAUGAUUCCGUUUUUGACUCGUUUGGGGCCUAUUUUUUUAAAAAAUUUACAUAAAAUGCAUAGAUUCCGAAACAGUUUUCAUUUCAAACAUUAAGUAAUGGUCUCACAUUAUGGUUUCAAUAAUGAAAACCUAAUAUUCAAAUCGCCCCCAAAAAUAUUUUCAGAACUGCUCCUCGCUAUGUUUUUCUCAACACCUGAUCCAUAACAAACCAUAGAAAAAUAUUCAUAGAAUUAGUGACAUACUUAGCUUGGCGCACAGAAACCGAAAAUUUAUAGACGUUUUUUUUUUUUUGUUAUCAUAUGUUAUAAAUGACUUUAAUUUAAUAAUUAUAUAUACUUAUAUUUGAUAUAUGCAUUAAUAAGAAGGUUAUCCGUUUUGAAAAAAAUAAAAUCCAAAAAGACCAGAGCCUGGGGAAAAAAUAUGAAAUCAAUCAAUUCAGAAGUUAAUAUACAGGGUGAGAUAAAAAAAACUGCAACAAAGUCAAACGCCAUCAUUUUUAUAUUUUUUUAAUUAUAUUGAAUGAAAGCAAAAAAUGUCAGAAAUAGCAUCAAAUUUUAGAAGAAGUUUAGAUUUGUUCGAAUUGGUCAUCGUUGGCACGAAUUAUGGCCUUCAAACGGCCAAGGAAACCGCCUCACGCUGCCCGAAUGUUGCUUGAGGUGAUCGACACUUUGGUAUUUUUUUAGUACCAAACUUGCUUUCCAAAAUACUCCAGACACAAUAGUCCAACGGAUUGGUAUCCGGAAAAUUUGGUGGCUAUUGUGCGCUGGAACUUUCCCUCGUUCCAGCGCACAAUAGCCACAAUAGCUCAUUUUGUAACCAUUCUUGGGUGGCGCGUACUGAGUUCUGUUGGAAUGUCCAAGGCUUUAAUACAGCCUCCAGAAUAAUAUUCGGAAUUUAUUCUGAGGCCACGGUCGAUUAAUACGAGCGGAGAGCGACCAUCGGUAUCAUAACCGUCGCUUGAGUACCAGUAUCACGGUUUGACAUUGAGCCACUUGAGAAAUCACACUAUCUCGCUGAAACUCCAUCACGAAUAACUUUUUUUCUGAAAAAUUCUCACCAAAAUGCUUUCGUACGCUUGUAAACAAUAUAAUAAGCUGUCACUGGAAUAAUUUCAACAGCUGUCGGGCGAGUGACUUAGAAAUGACAGCAGUCUGAAGUUGGUUGCAGUUGUAGUCAUCUCACCCUGUAUAUCUUUCUAUUCCUGAAGCUCUAUGUUUUUUUUUUUUUU